UAUAAAAUUGAGAGGGUUGAGUGUUGCUCCAAGACACUUGUGCAGAGCCAUGCUUUGCGACGGACCAUUGUCAGGAGAGAGCCUACUGAAUCCAGCUCAGACAGAAUUCCACUCACUGGGGACGGUUGAUGUCUUGUCAGAAUACACCCUGAUGUUACCGGAAGAAACCUUGGAGGACCACAGCAAUACCAGCAAAUUGGGGCCAGGGUGCAAUGAGGAGUCAUGUCCACAGGGGGCAGUAUGGCCCUGCGCUGGCUGUGGAGAGUCCAUCAGAGACCCUGUGGUGCUACAGGUAGGGUCAGACCAGCAGUGGCAUUCAGGGUGCCUGUACUGUGAUGAGUGCCACUGUCCCCUGGGAGAGAGUGUCAGCUGCUUCCUGAGGGAUGGGAGGACCUUGUGUAGGACAGAUUAUGCGCGACUAUUUGCAGAGAAGUGUGGAGGCUGCGGGGAGGCAGUACUGUCCUCUGACCUGGUUGUGAGGGCAGGAAGACAGAACUAUCACCCUGACUGUCUGCAAUGCUCGCUCUGUGGUGCAUUACUCAUGCCUGGGGAUAGCUUCACCCUGGGGCCAGGAGGACCAUGCUGCCAGGCAGAGCACACGAUGCCAGAGCAACAGAUCCAAAAAGCAGACACACUAAAAAUAAGAAAAGGGUCAGGGAGAAGAGGAGGAGUUUGUGAGAGGAUGUGGUUGGACAGGGGUAGGAGUAGAGGGGUGCGGGUGCGUACCGUCCUCAGUGACACCCAGCUGAAAGCCUUGUGCUCCUGCUACUCCCAGACCCCCCGGCCCGACGCGGCAGUCAAGCUCCGGCUGAGUCAGCUGACUGGCCUCAACAAGCGGGUCAUCAGGGUGUGGUUCCAGAACAAACGCUGCAAGGACAAGAAGAGCCACGCCAAGAAAAGAGGCAGACCAGUGUCAGACUUGGACUUCACAGCCCUGCUGUGUGCUGCAGCCAGACCGAUGGUGGUCCUCUCUCCUGAGCCCCCUGACUUUGCCCUCCAGAUUUACGUCUAUGAGUCAUCAUGGCAACCACUUGACGGCCAAAUCAAGCUCUCAGCUGACCAUGACGAACUGACCCUCACUCAUAUUUCUCAGAGCACGUGUUUUUCAGAAGACCUGGGUUCUCCACAGCAGCAGAGUGAUGAGCACUCCGUCACCAUUCUGACUAUCUAGACAACCACCAUCCCAAUACCCUCACUGAACUGUUCCUGUAACUAUGCAGAGUUAUCAAGAACCUGUGUCUAAUCUGAAGGGGCUUCAAACAGCUGUCAAUCAUGUAAUUAGAUAUUUAAUGUAUGUUAUAAUUAUUAAACUAGUUCCCAAAACAGGAGAAUGUUGUGUUGGGAAAAAAAGAUGACAUAAUUUGGGUCCCAGUUCUGCAUGUUCUGUUUUCUGUAUGGGUAAAUGAAUUAAAGGUUAUGGAUCAAUGAGACAAAACAAAAUGUGGCGCCAUGCAGCAUACAGUGGUUUUAGACCAUGAAGUUUCAUCCAGACCUCCAGUCAUCACAUGAAGCUUUAUCUUCUGGCAGACUAUGGUGUGAUCUGUCAACAUGUGACUUAAACACAGUCCGUUUGUAUAGUCACAGUCUGGGAUUUUGCGUUUGGUAAUUAAUCAAAUCCCCACAAAACCAAACAACAAGCGGAACCAAGCAGUCAGAUGUCAUCUCUAUUGGAACAUAUUUCACUCCUAAGUGUGAAACUCGUAUUCUGAACUGAUUGAUAGUCAUGGAAAUGAUUAUUCACUCUGUCUACUUCCUCAUCCACUUUACAACAACUCUAGUGUGAAACCUAUUAUUGUAGCAAGCUUUGAUUUAUAAUCUGUGAUCUAAGUCAACUCUGAACAACUUGUUCCUUCUUACUGUUUAACUUAUUA